AUGUCGAACGGAGGGAUAAGCGUGGCCACGGCAACUGUCAGCGAACCUGAUUCUAAGUCGUCUCAUAUCGCUUGUCUACGCCACUUUGCCAAACUUUGUUCCAAAUGUACACCGGCUCAAUGCACACUCUGCUACCGUUAUACGCUUGAAGAGCUGGCUGAACUCGAUAUGGCACUGGCUGAUCGACUCACCGGCUACUAUUCUUGGCAGGCCGAGAUGCGCGGAUUAGUCGAUUCGGUAAACUUUGCAGUGCCUGGCCGUACCUUAGACACCCAGCGUGUCUGCAGAGGCACGCGAUCCACUCCUGCUGAGGGUCACAUACUAUGUCGUCAAAAUGACGGGCCAGCUGGCAAGGAAGAGGUCAAGGGCCAGCAGGCGUCCAAUAGUACUGCUUUGUUGACUCAAACUGCAGAACCAGAGUGCGCGCAGGAUUUUGAGGGGCAUAAAGGAGCGACUGAAAAGUCUUACACUCCAUUCACUCUAGAAGAACUUAAGGUUCAACCGGUUCCUCUUCAAUUCAUUGAUCUUCCUCACGGCGCUGUCUGCAACAAACCUCUCCCGAGAUGUGUCCAGCCAAUAAGGCUUAUCGACUUUCCGCUCGACUGUGGAGCUUCGAAAUUGCUAGUUUCGACAUCGCGAGGCCUCUGCCUCCGU